ACCGGAAGUGUGUCUAGAGUCGGUACAUUAGGAAAAAGUUUAUGUGAGCGGAGCAGAUUCACUGGUUGACGUCCCCUCUAGAGCUUCCUAGUUUUAACAGCAUGGUGCUUAACGCCUAUACAGCAAUAUAAAGUGGUAUAAAUUAAGAAAGGAUAUUCACAAAGAAGGAUAUUUGUCCAUAAAAGCCCCGUAAGGGUUGAAAUCAGAGGCGGUUUCUGCAUUAGACAAUCUGUAUCUACUGCUUAACAGCAUCUUUUACGAAGAAAACGAACAAUCAAGAUGUCUGACUCCAGCAGCGGCAAGCCCAUUGUGGUCACUUCCUCUGUCUCUCUUAAAGUUACUGCUCCUUCAUUUUACAACCAACCCAAAAAGUUUGCAUCUGUGGCUCCUCCACGUCCCAAAGCACAGAUUGCCCCAUCACAGCCUUCAUCAUUUGUAAGCACUGGUGUAAUUGGACGAGUUGGAGAGGUUCCCCCACCCCCCUCAUCCCUCAGUUAUGACUUUCCACCCCCUCCUCCUCCUCCGCUGGAUGAUGCCGAACUCCCAGCCCCACCUCCAGAAUGCCAAAUCACUCACCCUGUAUCUGAUGCCCCUCCUUCAUUCCCAGCCCCUCCCCCAGUCGCAGAAGACCUUCACCUCCCUCCACCUCCUGAGGAGCUUACCUCUGUUCCUUCUGCCUGCUUCCCUCCACCCCCACCUCCACCUCCUCCUGUCCCUGAAAAUGGUGCAGGUAUCAACUCGCAGAGGCUGUUCGAGAAACAGACAAGUUUUGAUAAGCAGUUAGGCUCUUUGACUGAUAUGUUAUCAGAGAUGGAGACUAGUGGACCUUUCAACCCUAAGUUACCCAGCCAAUUUUCAUCAGCACCAGCACCAAAGCCAGCACCAGGACCACCACCAACCGCCCCAAAGCCUGCCCUUUCCUUUCUACCCCCUCCUGAGCUGCAGGAUCAUCCUUCUCCUGCUCCAUGGGCUGAAGAGCUACGUGCCCGAACACGACCAGCCAAUCUGAGCACAGCGUCUGUCCCUGCUCCUGUACAGUCAGUGGCUAAAGGCCCAGCUGUUGCUCCAAAAACCAACUUCCCUCCCAGUCAGCUCAAUUCAAAUUUGGCUUCCAAAACAGUUAGUCCCGCACCUUCUGGAGGAGCAAGAGGGUUUAACCACACUGUUAAAAGCCCUCCCCAAAGCACUUUUCCACCACCUCCUCCUGCAGCUCCUCCUGCCCCUAUUCCUCCGCCAGCCAAUAUUCCCAAACCUGCUUUCAAUCACUCUGAAACAUCUCCCAUUGGCAGUCAUCAAAGCUUUGCUCCACCUUCUCCUGCUGCUCCUAAAACAUCACCUGUCUCCACGUUCAACAGACCAGCAGGAAACAAUGUUCCUUCAAAGGUGUCUGGCUCAGGCACAGGUUCAGGUCCAGGUGGAGCUCCUCUAACUAUGAGAGAGGUGGAAGAACUGGAGAAAAUGACCAAGGACUUUAUUCAACACAUGGACAAACAUCCUCCUGUGAUCACCUCCCCAGCAACAGAGGUGUGUGGUAAAUGUGGAGAGACGCUGUCUAGAUCUCAGCCAGCAGUGAGAGCAAUGGAUAAACUCUUCCACUCCCAUUGUUUCUGCUGUGUGAGCUGCCAGCGCCCCCUGCAGGGCAUGCAGUUCUAUGAUCGUGAUGGCACACCUCAGUGCGAGGAAUGCUACAUGAGUUCUUUGUCCGUGUGUUCCCGCUGUGGGGAGCGCAUCACAGAUCGCGUCCUGAAAGCAAUGGGUCAGUGUUUUCAUGCUCACUGUUUCCUCUGCACCACCUGCAACUGCUCUCUGGAGGGAGCUCCUUUCAUCACUGAUGACGACAACAAACCCUACUGUGUCAAGGAUUACCAUCGCCGUUUCUCUCCACUUUGUGUAAGCUGCAAUGAGCCAAUUAUUCCCGACCCUGGAAGUGAAGAGACAGUCAGAGUUGUUGCCUUAGAGAAGAACUUUCACCUGAAGUGCUACCGAUGUGAGGAUUGCGCUCGCCCCCUUUCCAUAGAGGCAGACGCUGAUGGCUGUUACCCGCUGAACGGCAAAAUCCUGUGCAUGAAGUGCCACACCCAACGUAACAAGCAAGCCAAACAGUGAUUUGUGGUAAGCUGCCACAAACCCAAAGCAAAAUUGAAACAGCUGUACUUUAAAAAAAAAAAUGUAUUCGUCAUGUCUUUGUAAGUGUUUUAAAUUCAAAUCUGUUUCAUCUUCCUCAUGCAAGUCUAGGCUUUUCUUGACAAAGCUUUUCUUGCUGCUUUUUUUCUGAAUGGCCUUGCCUUUGGUGCCCUGCAGUCUGGGCCUCGAGAUAAUGUUAGUGCCUCCGUGUUGAAUGUUAAGUACGACUCAAUUUUUACCCCUAGAUUGUUUGAUAUGUAAAGUGAUUUUUAGAGCGUUUUGUGGCUGGAAUUUUUACUGUAGUUGAUUGUGUGCAGAGGUAAUGUACUGCACUGCUGUCUCAGUUCAGCGAGCUCCCAGCAUGCCUUUGAAAACAAAAAAGACCUGGAACAUCCGUAAAUUGUAGCACAGCUGACUACUGAGGCAAGACGUGAACGUCUGUACAUCCACAACCAUCCGUGCACUUUCAUUAAGGCUUUUCCGUAGUCGAUGAGAAGGGCUUGUGUGAAAAAUGUAAAGAAAAAAAAGGAAAGGCCUACGUGAUUUGUGUAUUUGUAAUGCAUGCUUCGUUUAUAGAACAAAUUAGCAAGUAUUUUAAAAAGCACAUUCGUUUUGUCUUAAAAUGUAUUGAACAAAAUAUGUGUGACACAUUGCGUUGAUUAUCAUUGCCAGUAUCAGUUUUUUAUUCCAUAAAUUGUAUUUAGCGAUUGCAUGAGUUUGGUGAUUUAAGAGUAUUUCCAAAGAAAAGCACAUCAGUCACAGAGCCUGUAAUAGAGGGGUGUCCACACUUGGUCAUGAACAGUUUAGCUUCAGCCCUAAUCAAAAACACCUGAACCAGCUAAUCAAGCUCUAACUAGACAUACUAGAAACUUCCGGACAGCUAGGUUGAAGCAAGUUGGAGCUAAACUAAGCAGGACAGCGGCCCUCCAGGACAGAGUUUGGACUCCCCUGGUAUAAUAUUUAGCUAGAGAUACGUUCUAUGGAGCUAGAGCUUUUAAAAAAGAUCAUGGAGUGAACAGUACUAUAUACACAAAAGUAAAUUCACACAAAGUGUUUUUCAACACGUUCCUGGAGGACCACCAGCUGUUUUAGAACACAGGUGGCAAAUCCAGUUCCUGGAGGGCCGCAGCUCUGCUAAUUUUCCAAAGUCUCCUCAGUCUCCUUAUCCAAACACACUUGAUUCAGAUCAACAGCUUGUUAGCGGAGACUGAAAGACCUGUAAUGGUUGUCACAGAUACAGGAGACAUGCAAAACAUGCAGUGUUAGUGGGCCUCCAGGAUCGUGGUUGCUUUAGAACGUCCUUAACUGAGCCACCUGGUUAAAUAGAGCAGAAUUCGUUACAGAUUCAGAUCCACAGUUAUUCGUCUUCAUUUUUAGAACAAAAAUCAACAGUGUUAAUGUAGACAGAAUAACUUUACGAUUUUUUUAACAAUAAGCAUUCUUUGGUAUUAAUGCACAGAAUUCAGUUUUUACAUGAUAACAUUCUAUACCUUCUUGCUGUUCUUUUUCUUUUUUUGAUGGAAAGAGACGUCUGACUAAUACCACUCAAUUUUUGCUUUAGGUAGUGCUAAAUAUUUUGAGAAUUACAUCCAUUUAUUCCAUGCCUCUGAAACAAUUAUUGUAUUUAUCUUUGCGCCUCUGUUGUUUCCUGUUUGAUGAAAUGGAAUAAAGCGAUUGCUCCAUUCACAAAAAUAUUAGAUGACCAAAUGAAAAUUGUAAUGCGUGAUUUGCUAUUACAACGUUUUUAUCGUUUAUGCUUCUCCGUUGCUUCAUUUUCAUGCUGGUAUCACAACACUGCUGAAUUCAGUAAGAUGUCAUUUAUUCCAUGUAUUUUAUCAUUUAACUUUGACUUUUUUUGUAAACUGAACAUCUAAAUUCCUCUCUUAAUAUGUGAAUGUGUGUAUGUUUACGGUCAAAAGUAUGCCAACGUAUUAUUUUUGCUAUCAUUGUUCUCCUUCCACAUUUGUACUGUAUUCUGAACUAAUAAAAAUGUCAACAUGA